GUAGCCGCUAGCAGUGGAGGCCGCAAAGUGAAAAGUUCCGGCAAAUCCAUGUGACCUUGUGCCGCAAUAGACGCCGCUUGUUGCUUCUAACCAAAUGUGAAAAUAAAAAAGCAUGCCCCAAUUUUAUACUACGCCCCCGCUAAUGAAAUCCUGCCUGCAAAGCUGGUUUGCUUGAUUAAGUUGGAUUAGUUUUUUGCUGCAAGGAAUGAUGCUAUCUGGCCUAGUAAAGUUAUAGAGAUUGUUUGCUGCGCAAAAAUGAUGCAAUUUCAACUAGAACAUUUGUCAAAAGUCGAUAAGCGGGUUCGAAUCUACGCGUUUGGCAAGUACUGAUGAGUCAAUUGUUCGCCGAUGGCACUCUAAUAAGAAAGUUAUGUUUAGCACUUAUCUGCGCUCCAGGGGUGCUUCGUACCGCGUGUGUUCGAAAGCAAGCAUGGAAGUUUCAUUUCUUGGCUUCAUGCCAAGCCAGCGGUCACUAUCGUUUAAUCAUCAAUCAUGGAGCAAGUGUUGCAGAACUCGCUUAUUUCGGCAGCGGUUCAGCUCGAAAGACAACUGGACAAUGAACUAACACGAUUGGACAGUCUCGGAGGAGAAGACUUGGAAAAGCUUCGCGAACAGAGAAUUCAAGAGCUAAAGAAACAAGCCAACCAGCGACAGGAAUGGAGAAAUAACGGUCACGGCGAGUACAGCGAACUGGCGGACGAAAAGGAGUUCUUCGAGGUGAGCAAAAAAUCUGCCAACAUUGUGUGCCACUUCUAUCGCGACUCGACCCCCCGUUGCCGGAUCGUCGACAUGCACCUGAAAACGCUCGCCACCAAGCACAUCGAGGCCAGGUUCUGCAAAGUGAAUGCCGAAAAGUGCCCCUUCCUGACGCAGCGACUCCGGAUCAAGGUGAUUCCCAGCAUAGCGCUUAUCAAGGACAGCAAAACGAAGGAUUACAUCGUGGGUUUCACGGAUCUGGGCAAUUGCGAUGAUUUCAGCACCGAGAUGUUGGAGUGGCGUAUUGCGCAGUCUGGCGCUAUUGAGUACAAUGGAGAUAUGCUGACACCCCCAGAUGAUAAGAAAAAGAAGAAAACCUCGUUCAAUCCGAAAAAGACCAUUCGCGGGGGUUACGACUCGGACGAUUCCGACAUAGAUUUCGACGACUAGAUAACGAUUUUGAGGCGUUGAUAGCAGGGACCGGUUCCGUCAUGAAUGAAACGAUCUCUAUCGUUCUAAUGAUUGCUCUGAUACCGAACAAACAACAUAUUAUGAACCGAGUGAUGCUUAUUUGGGAUUGAGAUCGCGAUAGGUGAACUUUUAGUAUUUAGUGUGAAUUAGAGCUUAAGGAUCUCUCGCUGAGCGUACAGACUAAAUAAUGAACAUACACAUAUAACCCACACACUCACACACAUGAGGGCAUAUUUUUACACACGAUCGCAACAAUACAAUACAUAAAUUUAGUUUCUAUUGCAACGGAUACGUACUCUGUUUUGUUUAGAUUUUACGUCGAUUGAUAGAGGGAACUAAUGCAUUUUCAAAUUCAUAGUCACAGAAGAAUGAAAUCGCAUGUUUGUCACUAAGUUUGAUUCUAAAAGAUGGUAGAGUUCAACGAAGAGUAAUAAAAGACACUGCGCAACGGACAGUUUGCUACAUUAAAAACCAGUAUUCCGGAAACAAGUUGAAUGAUAAACAAACAUUCGAUUCGAAUAUGAUACAAUUUUAUUGGUACCUGAGAGGAAGGCAUUUGCGACACACGGUUCGGUUUUCUACAACACAGAAUGUGUUGGUGACUAGCUUUUUGAGCUACGAACUCAUUCGAGUGCGCACAUUUUGUUCCCGGCUGUUUAUCACGGGGAACGGAUCGUCUCGGGCAAGUUAUCAGACUUUUUAAGUAAAAUCUACAAACGAAAUUAUGAAGCUUAACAUCAUAAUAAGAAAUUAACAAGUACAUGUAAUCCUUGCAAUUGUUAAUUCUAGAUACGCAUACUGUUUUUAAAUCAUUCGAAGCUUCUCGCUCUCUACACUUUCUAGUAUUCACUAAUUUACGGUUAUUUAGGGACCUAACAGUAGUUAGUUAGAGGUGAUGAUGAUGAUGAUGAUGAUCAAAUUUGUGUGCACUAUCUUUUUUUUUAUUUCAGGGCGAAGAUAAUGAGCGCAUCAUAGUUUCUUGUUAGGCGAAAAGGAAAACAGAAUGCAAAUCUAGUAACUAAUAAAUUAUUGAGAUUUUCUAUUAAUGAUAA